CGUAUUUAGUUGCCAUUAAAUAGACGUGAUAAUUGGAGGGAAAUUUGACCAAAAAAAGUUUGGUUUAAAAUUUGUAAUAUGGAGAAUAGUUUUGUAAAUUCAAUAUUAGAUCUGUAUAAAGAAAGAAAUUGGAAAUCUAUGGUGUCGGAAUAUCAUGAUCAUCCAGACAGAAGUAAAUUAUUAUGGGUAUUUCCUGAUGAGACGAACUUUGAGUUUUUGCGAGACUGUGUUAUUAAUAAUGGAUGCGAUAGUAUCAUAAGUGUCGGUUGUGGAAGUGGUCUUUUAGAAUGGAUGAUAUCUGAAGCCACUGGUUUACCAGUAACCGGGAUCGAGGUUGACGGUGCAUGGUGGCAUUGCAAAUACGCACCACCUACUUUUAUACCAUUAAUUUUAACAUCUCCUACAAUAGAUACUUCAAUAUCCCAGCUAUUAAAAAACGCGAAGACUAGUGCCUUGCUUUUCUGUUAUUUUAAUAAUGGUGUUGCCUUCGCUGAAUAUAUGAAACAUUACUCAGGACAGCUGCUGGUGAUUAUUGGACCAGGUUACGGUAAAGGUGUACAUACAGAUCCUUUGCCUUUUGAUGAUUUCGGAGAAGAAUGGAGUUUAUACAAAUCACAGGAAGUUAGAAAUAGUAAAGAUUAUAUCGUUUUUUAUAGACGACUAAAGGAAAAUAAAUAUUUGAAUGGUAUUAAAUAAAUGAAAUACAAAAUUGUUUAAUUUUAUUUUUUAUUGCUU